GAACUACGAAGUGAACGAAUAAAAUCAAUACUAUGCAGUAAUGUAUUCAUUGGUCUUUUUAAAAUGAGAACGUGACAAAACUUUAGUUUUAAUUCAUCGAAGAUACAUACUAUUUUAAUUAAAGUCUGUUGAAGCUUGAUGCUCAUUUUUUAUUUAUUUACAUAGUGAUGAAUAUUUUCAUAGUUACGGCGUGGUAGAACAUUCUGCGUUGAUCGUCUAUUUUAAAGGAAAAUAUUAACUGUUGAAGAUACUUGUUGUUUGAAGUGAAAAAAUAUACAUUAUAUACAAGGGUUAUUUGUAAGUUAAAAUGGAGGAGAUUAAUGGGGAUCUAUAUGGGGAUGGUCUUGUUAGCUUGGGGGAUGAAGGUUCUUUAGAAUCUACUGACAGUGGCAAGCAAGAACAAAAUUGCAAAAUUUGCGACAAUAAGUUGUGCAGCCCUCGAGUAUUAUCAUGUCUUCACAUUUUCUGUGAAGCAUGCAUAGACAAAUUGAUGGUUAAUGAAGCUGGGGAUUCUCUUAAGUAUGAUUUAGCGGUUGAAUGCCCUCUUUGCAAGCAAGAAACAAAGAUACCCGCUGGCGGAGCUGCAUCCUUGCCAUCUGAUUAUGUUAUCACUAAUAUCCUGGAUGUUUCGUCAAUGGACCAGUCUGUGGUUUGUACUUGCUGCAAGAGUAAGGAACCUGCUGUAGCACGAUGCACAGAUUGCUCUCAUUUCUUGUGCUCCAAUUGCAAUUCAGCUCACGAGUUCAUGAGGUGUUUUGAAAAUCAUCGCGUUGUACCUUUCGAUGCACUAAGAUCAUCUAAGGAAAAGUCGGCCGUACAUAAGCCGAUAUUCUGUAGUCGCCAUGUAGGAGAAAGCCUCAAGUUUUAUUGUUGCGAAUGUGAAGUUGGCGCUUGUACUGAAUGCCUCACUGUCGAUCAUAAAGUGGGCGAACAUCGUUGUGAACGUAUCGUCGAUGCUGAACCCAGUCUCCGUGCAGAAUUACGUAAUUUUAUCGUCGAAGGAAAUGCGCGUGCUGUUACCGCUGGAAGCGCUUCAGCCAGACUCGAUGAUGCCUUGGGUGACUUGCAACGCCAACGUGAUGAGGCAGAGAAUGUCAUUAAUGAAGCAUUUCAUGCUUACAAAGCAGCAUUAGAAAGACGACGCGAAAAAGCACUUGAAGAACUGGAGCGCUUACAUAAGGAGCGAGAACUGAAAGUUAUGGAUUUGUUUGACCGCGUUGAUAAAACAGUGCAGCGCAUUGAUUGUGCUUGCAAGUUCGCUGCUCGAUUGUUACGGCGUGGAGAUGGAACAGAGAUAGUGAUGCUUAAGAAAACAGUGGCAUCCCAAUUUGCACGUCUUUUGGAAGGUGCUCCUGAAUUUGAUGUAGAUUACUCUUUAGAAUUUGUCACAAAGAUGGAAAAGUUCGAUGCCGUGACGGAUGAAACAUUUGGAACUUUUCGCACUGAAGCAACCAAAGCUGAAGAGAGAAAACGUCUUAGUGAAUCAUCGGCUAUUGUAUCUGUGGCGUCCAACGCUCACUCCCCAGCUGUAUCUGUAACUAAUGCUCCAGUCUUCGACGAUUUUCCACUGGGUAACGUUCGUCGUGUAACAGGAGUAACCGGAGUUGGAAUGGUAGGAGUCCCCGGAGUGGGUGGUGUCCCAACAAUGGGUGUUCCUGGCGUUGGCUCCGUGCCUGGUGUGGGUCCAGUUGCAAAUACUGGUGUUCUGCCUGGUGUAGUCAAUGUUAAUAAUGUACCAGGUGUUGGGGCUGUUACUGGUGUUGGAGGCGUUCCUGCUUUGCCAUCAAUGGUUGAAUAUAACUUGCAACAAUUAGCAAGCAUUGCCGAAAAAGACGUCCCACCGCCGACCCAUGCGUCCCCAGCUCCGUCGUUCACUCUGGCAGAGUUGCUCGCAGGCGAUUUAAACUCACCUCAAGCAUAUAACAAUUUACAAGCACUUGCUAAACUUGGACUUAAUACUGAAGUUAAUGGCUAUGGAGGAGUAGGGGCUGUCAGUAGUAUUAGCGCUGUAGGACCUCGUGGAGUAUCCCCCGGGAGGCCGUUGUUAACAGCCGCUGAAGAAGCAGCUUUAGUUGCUCCGCCAGCACCCCUUGUCCGCGCUACCAAAGCAACACCUAUGCAUAUUCGUUUUAAAUUUGGCCAGCUUGGCGGAGGAAAGGGACAGUUUAACUCCCCUCAUGGAUUCUGCCUUGGAAACGAUGAAGAUAUUAUUGUGGCUGAUACCAAUAAUCACCGAAUCACGGUGUUCGAUAAGUCUGGAAACCAUAAGUUCAACUUCGGAGUUCCUGGCAAAGAAGAGGGCCAGCUGUGGUAUCCUCGGAAGGUAGCCGUUGUCCGCGCCACGGGGAAGUUUGUUGUCUGCGAUCGUGGCAAUGAACGAUCCCGAAUGCAAAUAUUCACUAAAAAUGGACACUUCUUGAAAAAAAUUGCUGUUCGCUUCAUUGAUAUUGUGGCCGGUCUGGCUGUGACAGCCGAGGGCCUUAUAGUGGCUGUAGAUAGCGUCACGCCUACUGUAUUUAUACUAUCGGAAGAAGGCGACCUUAUGAGCUGGUUCGAUUGCAGUGAGUGUAUGAGGGAACCAUCCGAUAUUGCUAUCAGUGGCAAGGAGUUCUACGUGUGCGACUUCAAGGGUCACUGCGUGGUCGUGUUCGACGACGAGGGCCGGUUCCUGCGGCGCAUCGGCUGCGAGAACGUGACCAACUUCCCCAACGGCAUCGACGUGUCGGACGCGGGCGACGUGCUCAUCGGCGACUCGCACGGCAACAAGUUCCACGUCGCCGUGUUCUCGCGGGACGGCGUGCUCGUCUCCGAGUUCGAGUGCCCCUACGUCAAGGUAUCUCGCUGCUGCGGUUUAAAGAUAACAUCUGAAGGUUAUAUCGUCACUCUGGCUAAGAAUAAUCACCAUGUUCUAGUCCUCAACACCCUUUAUAUUGUUUGAGGAACUACUCGAUGGCUGUAAGUCUGCAUACUACAAGAUCUCACAUUUAUUCCCUAUAUUUUAUAUUUUAAUUGCUGAUUUUACAAAGCUUAACAUUUUUGCUUAACAGUAUUUGACUACUUAUUUGUUGUUUUUAUUAUGUUGAAUUCACGUUAGUCUCAUUAUGUCCAUUCGCAGUGUAUACCACAGUGAUCCUGGCUAUCCUAUUAAUCUCGGUUACUGUCACCUUAUUUUGUGGAAUUUAGAAUUGUUAUUUGAAUUGGUGUCACUGCUAUUGGAUAAAUUUAUUAGUAAUCCCAAAGUACUGAAACAUUGCGUAUUGUUUUUUUGGUUAAUAUCUUUUUUUUAAUGUUGCAUUUAGUUAUAGUAACAGAAAAUCCAAAGUUUAGGCUAAUAUCAUUUUUAUUUACACAUCCAGUCAAUAUUUAUACAAACGCUUAGACAUUAAGGGAAUUCAUACUUGGUGGAGAUAGUGUAGUGCGUUAGUGUACAACAGUGAUAAUUAUUGUCGAAAGAUGCAACGAAUUUUAUUAAUUAUCAAAAUUGAAUGUUCAUAAAUAUAAAUUGUUUGCUAUAUUAUUCGAAGUCCUACCGAGUAUGAGUUUUGUUAAUACCUUUCAAACAUUUCUAGCGGCUGACUGGAAUUAUUUUAAUUUUAUUUCUAAAUUAGCAGCUGGUAUGGUUCCUAGUUCGAGUGAAGUUAAUAAUUACAUGUCAAUUAGGGGUCUGCGUGGGGGUGUCGCCUCAUUCAGACGAAACUUGUAAUGUUAUCGAAACUUACUUGCAUUCAUUGUAGACUAUUUCACUGACAACAAGUAUUUUUAUUGCCGUAUUUACUCUUUCGAGCAAUAAUUAUUAAAGUAUUGUCAUGUGUUUAACGCACAAUUGAGUUUAUUGUUAAAAAUAUUUUUAGUCUUUUGACCAAAGGAGGCGACACUAAAAUAACGUGCCAUCUAGUUUAGGUUAAUCGCUUAUACAAUAUUAUAUAUUGUCCGUUAAAAUAUAUUUACCUUUUACAGAAAUUCUUGUGUCUAUACAAAAUGUUUUUCCAUGUACUCUUGUUUUGAGAGCCUAUAUUCAAGAUUUUUCAUGGUUUAGGCUAUUAAGCAAACAUAAUAUAAAAUUUGGUUAAUAUUUAACGUUUGGAAGUUAAAAGUGUAAAUGAAAAACCACUGUAAAUAUUAAACUUGAAAUUAUAUAUGUAUACAUUAUAUAACGAGUGGUAUACAAUUAGGAAGAAAAACGUUUAUGUGGCAUCUUCAUGUGUAACUUAUAUGAAUAUUCGACAUUUGUUAUUCCCUUUUACAUAGGCGUUAGUAACUUUUUCAAAUAAUAUGUCACAAACUUGAUUAGCAGGUUUGAAGGCUGCUUAUAAUACCUACUAUAAUAUCGAUUAAUGUUGAACAAAUACUAGGCUAAUAAUACGAAGACACGAUUACAUAUGUUCAUGAAUGUGCCAUCAUAAACCAAUUUUAUUUCUACAAAAUAUCUUCAAAAUUACUGUUCGCCAAAGUGUAUAUUUUUAUAGCGAUCCACGUUUAAAAUUUUUGAAAGUAAUUGUUCAUUAAACUAGACAGUAGAUAAAUGUCUAUCUUAACUGAAUUAAAUUUUAAUGUCACCAGUGAAACUACUUAAAUAUUGCGAUAUAUUUGGUAACAUAUUGGUUAGUGAAAUAAUGGUUUUCUAAACGCAAUUCGUCGUCACUACUUACUAGUCUUCCAAACAUUUUGGUGUAUUAGUAUUAUUUUUUUGUAUUUACAAAUUUAUUUUCCUUAAGCAAAUUGGAUUUUCACAAAAUUUUUCGUGGAACAUAGCAAAUUAUCGAAGAUUGGCGUAGAUUCCGUUGUUUCACUAACAAUAUUUUUCAUUCAUUUCAUUCUUCAAAAUUGAUGAGUACUUAUACAGACCACCUAUAAUUGAGUGUGAUAUUUUGUUUAUAUAUUAUUUUAUACAAUGCUCUCUAGCUCCCCUAAAGUAAAAUUAGAAUUGCAAAGACAAAGAACCUCAUUGUAUUGAAUAGGCUUCAAAUGUUUAAGUUCCUGAAUUCCUUAAUAUAAGGUGAUUGAAUAUGAAACUGUAUACAUCAUUAUUAUAUUUGCAUUAACCAAAUCUUUCGCCGAUGGAGGAAUAUUGCUGAGCCAUAUUAUCAUUCAAUAUACACGUUAUUAUCAUAGCAAUUCACUUCUAUAAUAGUGUAUCGUAAUCUAAUGUAUGUACUUAAUUAGUAAUAUUUGUUUAUUUGUUGUGUAUUGGAGCAGUUUAAGAAAAUUCAAUACAUUAGAAACAUUUAAUGUGAUAUAAGCAAUAAUAGAGAGAAAUAAUGUAUCAACAGUCAAAAAAUAUUGAAAAAUUGCUGCGCAUAUAAAACGGCUGCAACCUACGGGUUGUUGGGAAUUGCGAGCUUUGUCGGUCAGAUCCAGUGAUAAGUUGAAUUUAGACGUUGAGUCUUGGAUCCUUUAUUUAUUAGUGAGUAACUUUUGGGUUUAUUUUUCUUAUUGUUUUUAAGUUAUUUGUUUCAGGAUUUUUUGUCCCGAUAGUAUUAGGGAAUUUUAUUUUCUUUAUUAUUUUAAUUAAGUAAAUAAAUGGGUCUGCAAAACCCUACGGAUUAAAAUGUGUGAUUAAUACUCUUAUUUUUUUCAUUUUACUGUAUUUUUUUUAAUUAGAAGUCCCGGGCCUAUCUUUGAAUAGUAUUUAUGGCCAGUGCGUUAGGCCUUUAGAGUUACGAAUUUUUACUGCCAAAUUAUUUUCUUACAAUAUUUGUGCAUGCACAUAGUAAUUAUUUUAUUGUAUAAAUAUUUGUAAAAAUUAGUUACUAAUUGUUGCCAAUUUUUUUUGUUUUAUUAAUAUUCAGGGUUUUAAUAUUAUUAUUAUAAUGUUCAAUACUUUUAUUUGUUGUCCAUUGAUCAAAAUUAUUGUGUGUUAGUGACAUAUAAUUAACAGAAAAUACAACUAAAUAGGGAGCCCCAAAGGGAGCGUUUGACGCUAAUAAUAAUAUUGCUUAGGGUUGCAUAAAAUUAUUAAAAAGUGGUGUGAUAAGUUUUGGAUAAUUUUACAAAUUAUACUAUUUUAUGUGUGAAUUUCAAUAUUUAUAAAUUUGAAGUUAAAUAUUGUCCUUUUUCCAAUUAUUAUCGCAUCGGCUUCGACGUUUAUUGGGCCGUAUGUUCGGAAGUAUUAUCAUUUUUAUAAUUAUUAUCCUAAUUUUAAUUUAAUGUAAACUUGUUGUCAAUGUUUCCUUUUGUUCUUGCCAUGUAUCUUAUGUAGGUGUCGAUGUAGAGGUUUUUUGUAGGGAUUAGUACUUUUCAAUUAUUGAUGUAUACAAAGAACGGUUUGAGAUGUUUGUCAGUGGUGGUGUUGUUUAGAAGUUAAUUAGCGAGGCAGGGUAGCGGAUAUUCGCUGCAUCUCUUUGGCUGUACAUUCUUGCUGUAACGAGUACGCACUAAGUCAUGGGGUAAUGGCAGGUCAAAUGGUAUCUAUUGUCCAUUGACGUUACACGAUAAUAAUUGUAUCAUUAGAGUACAUUACAGUAGCCUUUCUUGGAAAUCUUAAAAGUUACCUAUAUACACUUAAAGCAAUUUUUGGUAAAUAUAUUUCUCUUGAAUCUAUAUUCCCUUAUGUAUCCAGCAAUAAAUUCAGUAGAUGUAGUAAUGACGUUGUAUGGCAUUAACGUUGUAUACUUUGCGGCUGCGGAAUCGACCGCUUCUAUAUUUACAGAACGUGUGUGCGUCCGCGUCGCGCAAAUAUACAAAUUUACUGUCAAACAAUGUGGUAUUGGUAGGGUUCGCAGCGCACAAGGUGAGCUCUCAUGUUACCCUCCCUAUUGGAGGUGGGCGUAUUGCCUAUUUUGUGGCACCAAGCACAGCUCGAUGUUUUCGGUGGAGUGUGGGACGUUACUUAUUACCGAAAUCACUUAGGACCGUGCUAAUUGACCGUGAGUAGGGUUCGGCCAGCUUCGUAUCAAGACGUGCGUUCAGAUAGGACACAGACAGCUGAUCACCUGCUUGACUAUCGGGUACAGUGAUCGUAUAUGUUUGCCGCAUACAUCCCCGACGGGGCCAUAUUGUUAACGAUUUCAAUUGUCAUAGAAACGAUUUUAUUGUGUCAUUAGAAAUAGUAGAUUAACAUUAAUUGUUCGCGCAUUUAGACUUGUUCAAUAUUCACCCACCUUACCACCGCCAUAUUAGUUUGGUCUCUCCACUGUUCAAAAACCAAUAUAAAUAAGGUUGUGAGCUCUAUUCCCUUUGGAAUUAUAAGCCACAGAGUGCUUGUGCAAUAAAUAUCACAGUUUGGAUCUAGGCUUUUAAAUUAUUAUAGAUUAUAUACAUUGUUGAGCUGAUUAUAAAAAUUUAAUAUAUUAUUAUACCUUUUAAUAUUGUUAAAGAAUUCUAAUUGCAUUCCACAUAGAGUGAACGAAUUUGAGAUGACCAUUUUCAAUCUACAUUAUACAAGUUAUUUUUUUUACAAUUGUAGGAUUAUUAGCAGUUGCCAAUGUUUUUCCUUUAGUCAGUAAAAGUACAAAUAUUUUAAUAUACAAUUCUUGGUAUUUACGUAUUGUAGUGACUUAUUUUUGAAUUUGAUUGUUUAACUAUAAGCAUAAUUUUUCACAUAAGCGGCCAUUUAGAUAUUCUUGAAAAUUGUUCAGUAAAAUAAAACAUAUCAUAACGAAUCUGUUUCUCACAUUACGAUUUUUGUUUUAUAAGCAAAAACGCACUGCUUUUGAUUCUAACAACUAUGUAAUAGUCCUUUACUGAAACAACAAACAUUUUGCUUUCAUUUUUCGUAAUGUGAGAAUGUUCUCAUUUUACUAGAAUUAUCAUCUGUAUUGUUCUUAAUUUAAUGGUAUAAUGGCUUUGUUUUUUUUUUCGAUUAGUUAUAAGUAUAUAAUAAGUUACAGUUUUAAGUUUCUUGUCAUUUUUAUGUUUAUAACACUGAAAUUUUUAGUAAUUUGUUUGUAUGAAUGGUGCAUGUUCCAGAUGCAUAUUUUAUUUUUGAUCCAAAGAUUUCUUUUUAAUGCUUAUUAAUUUAAUCUUAUUUAUAAAAUGACAUUUGUGGAGUGUGCAUUGGCAUUUGAUAUUAGGAUUACAUAACAUUUCCGUAGAGUUGGUGCAACCGAGCAAAUGUCUACUAUAUUCUCAUAAGAAUAUAUUGCUCAAUAAUUUUAUUCUGUUUAAAAGUAUUUUAAACUUAGGUGUUAGUCCACGUGGAGUGUAUGUACUGAAGUGGACUGGAAUUAACACGAUGCAUAUAUCUAACCGACAAUACCCUCCGUAAAGAUUUGAAAACAUUAUAACGUUAAAAUUCUAUUGUUAGAUGUAGUUGUUUGCCUUCGUGGCAGCUUGCGCCGGAGCAAGUUGCGGGGCCCAGCAGCAUCGGCACUCGGAUAUCAGGCUCUGAAAUCAUUAUUCUAACUGCUCCACUACUAACUUGUGUUUAUCCUAUAUUUUAAUAAUCAAUUUAAUUUCACAUUUUAUCCACAGACUGCUUAAAAAAGCACAUAUCUUUUACAUAGAGCGACUAACAUGUACGAACAAUGGCAGUUUAAAUAAUGUCUUCAGCGUACCUUGUGCGGUGGUGUUGACUGAACAAAUUAGGUUUUGCCCCACAGUCAACGAAAAAUAUUGUUAUAUAACAUACAGAAUUUUCUGCAGCAUUGUGCCUAGAUCUUAGAAGUUAAUGGUAUUGAGGUAGAGAUAAUCUCAAAUAUUUUGGCUCUUUGAAUAUUCCAUGAUAUUAUUUUGUUUUUCAUUAAAUAGUAUUUACAUUAUUAUACAUUCAUACACUUAGUAAUAUUGUAUACAUGAAUAUACAUUGCGUAGUUUGUAAAUUAUUUUGGUGUAGAAACAAGACGUGCAGGUAGUUUAAAGGCGGGUUCAAGUUGAAAACACUGGCAGGAAUUGAUCGAUUUAAAUAUUAGAGCAAUCGAAUAGAACGUUCUGCGUUCACACGCGGGCCUCGCUCGCUAGAUGCACGUCUUGCUUUCACAACGUGUCUCUCCGCCGAUGUUACUUGAGAAUUUGGUGUUGUUGAACUCGUUUCUUUUUAUAGCGAGUGCAAAUUUUCACGUGACUCUUGCGGUUUUUAUUAAUUAUUAAGUUUAUUAUUCGUGAACUGUGGCCAGGAUAACAACAGCACAGAGCAGUGUAAUUCAGAGCCUGCCUAAAAUAUAUUUUUGUCAUGAUUUUAUUUAGGUAUAUACAUGUUAUUAUUCACAUAUUACAGUUUUCUCAAUAUUAGCUUGUAUUUUAAUUAAGAAAUAAUCAUAUUUAACAUUGCCAGGUGAUCAGCAACCUGCACUUUAAUAUUUUUGGAAACUAUUGAACUUAAAUUGUACUGACUUUAUAAAUAUAUUUACUUCAAUAAAGAUUUUCCAUGCCACUA